CAGAAUAUAAAAUAGCAUUACAAAGUACAGCAUAUCUAUAAUUAAAUACUGACGACUGAAGUGGUCCAUAAGCUCAUUACCAUUACCUACUUCUUAAUCCCAAUCCCAUAUGUCUUUCUCUCUAUAUCUCUUACAAAGCCUUUAUCGGAGAAGUGAUACAAUAUUUUAUUAAUUUUUUUUUUAUAAAGAAAAGAUGAUUUCUUUUCGUCGCAAGUAUUUCAUCAUCAUCGUCUUCAUAUUGAUUUUCCAUGGGCGUCUUGGAUUUUCCGAUAACACUAAACUCCACGAGGCGGAAGUGAGAGCACUAAAGGAGAUAGGGAAGAAGCUAGGGAAGAAAGAUUGGGACUUUAAGAAAGAUCCAUGUAGUGGUGAAGGCAAUUGGGUUGUUACCACUUUCACAGCCAAAGAGUUUGAGAGUAAUAUCACUUGUGAUUGUUCCUUUCCUCCUCCUAACUCGUCUUGCCACGUCGUUAGAAUAGCCUUGAAAUCGCAGAACUUAACAGGCAUUGUUCCUCCAGAGUUCUCUAAGCUUCGCCACCUCAAAGUUUUAGACCUUAGCCGUAACUAUCUGACUGGCUCCAUUCCAAAGGAAUGGGCUUCUAUGCGCUUAGAAGAUUUAUCUUUCAUGGGGAACAGACUGUCUGGUCCAUUUCCCAAAGUCCUAACCCGCCUUACAACCCUCAGAAACCUGAGUCUCGAAGGAAAUCUGUUUUCAGGACUAAUCCCUCCUGAGAUUGGAAAGAUGGUUCAUUUGGAGAGGCUUCAUCUUCCUUCGAAUGCUUUCACUGGACCAUUGCCUGAAGAACUUGGAUUGCUCAAGAACAUGACUGAUAUGAGGAUCAGUGAUAAUAACUUCAGUGGAAGAAUACCAGAGUUUAUCGGCAACUGGACAACAAUAAUGAAACUGCAGAUGCAUGGUUCAGGUUUGGAUGGUCCGAUACCUUCCAUUAUUUCUGCCUUGACCAGUUUGACCGACCUGAGGAUUAGCGAUUUAGGAGGCAAACUGUCUCCCUUCCCUCCAUUGAAUAACUUGGAGUCUAUCAAGACGCUGAUAUUGAGAAAAUGCAAUUUAAAUGACCCAAUUCCAAAGUAUAUUGGGCACCUGAAGAAGCUCAAAACACUUGACCUGAGUUUUAAUCACCUAACUGGUGAGAUUCCGACAUCGUUUGAAAAUUUGAAGAAAGCCGAUUUCAUUUAUUUGACAGGAAACAAGCUGACAGGAGCUAUUCCACCCUCCUUUGUUCAAAAAAACAAAAACGUAGAUGUUUCUUACAACAACUUUACUGAUGCAAGUUCAAUUCCCACUAGUGGUUGUGGCCAAGUUACUUCGAAUUGGGUGGAAAGCUUCUUCAUGGGGAGUAAAGCACACAAGAACUCAUCCUGCUCUCUUCAGCACUUCCCUUGUCUUCGUCCUAAGAGAGACCAUAAAUAUAAAUUGUACAUAAACUGCGGAGGACGUGAAGUAAAAACUGAUAAAGGAAUAACAUAUGAGGCUGACGAUGCAGCCAAAGGCGCUUCUUUCUUCUUCCCUAGUGCUGACAAUCACUGGGGGUUUAGCAGCACCGGGAACUUCAUGGACGACGACGAUGAUGCUGAUGAGUACAGCGUGCACAACACAUCCACACUAUCAGUUAACGAUUCGUCUCCCAUCUCUGAGCUUUACCGGACAGCUCGAGUCUCUCCUUUAUCGUUGACUUACUACGGACUCUGUCUCGGAAAUGGGAACUACAAUGUAAGUCUCCACUUUACUGAGAUCACCUUUACCGAUGACAAGACGUUUUACGGUCUAGGCAAACGUUUGUUCGAUGUUUAUGUUCAGGAGAAGUUAGCGAUUAAAAACUUCAACAUUCAAGAAGCAGCUGGUGGAUCCGGUAAGCCGGUCAUAAAAAGAUUUACGGUAAAUGUAACAGACAAUAACCUGAAGAUCGGUUUGAGAUGGGCGGGCAAAGGGACAACAGGCAUUCCAGUUAGAGGAGUUUAUGGUCCAAUGAUAUCAGCUAUAUCAGUGGAACCCAAUUUCAAGCCUCCGGUGUAUCAUGACAAGAAAGAGAUUAUUCUAAAAGCAGGGAUACCUGUUGCAGCAGCACUUCUUUUAUUGAUCAUUGUGGGUUUCCUCUGGAAAGCAAAGCGUGACAAGAAUGCUAUUGACAAGGAGUUAAGGGGUUUAGAUCUUCAAACUGGGACUUUCACUCUACGACAGAUAAAAGCAGCCACUGAUAAUUUCGAUGCAACGAUGAAGAUUGGUGAAGGUGGAUUUGGCUCUGUUUAUAAGGGUGUAUUGUCAGAGGGAAAAUUGAUUGCAGUUAAACAAUUGUCUGCAAAGUCAAGGCAGGGAAACCGCGAGUUUGUGAAUGAAAUAGGAAUGAUCUCAGCGCUGCAACAUCCAAAUCUUGUGAAGCUAUAUGGAUGCUGUGUUGAAGGGAACCAAUUGAUAUUGGUGUAUGAGUAUUUGGAGAAUAACUGUCUAUCUCGUGCGCUAUUUGUAAAUGCUUACGUUUUGCAAGAGAAGGGGUGCUUACUAGAGCUGGUUGAUCCAACGUUAGGCUCAGAUUACUUAGAAGAAGAAGCCAUGCUGAUGCUGAAUGUGGCUCUGAUGUGUACCAACGCAUCACCGACGCUAAGGCCUACAAUGUCUCAAGUGGUGAGUCUCUUGGAAGGAAAGACAGCGAUGCAAGAGCUGCUGUCGGAUCCGAGCUUCUCAACGGUUAACCCGAAGCUUAAAGCAUUGAGGAACCAUUUUUGGCAGAACGGGCUGAGCAGAACGCUUUCCUUCUCCACGAGCGGACCUCGUACCGCCUCUGCCAGUUCACAAGCUGAUGCUCAGGAGAAUACUGGACUUUUGGAUUAACUUCUUAUAUUUUAACUUGUAAGUGAGGUUUGUAGGAGUGGUGCAAUUGUUCACCAAAUUAUAAAGACUUCCAAGUUUUCUAGCUCAAAAUUGUGACAUAAAAUUAGAUUGAUCACAAAAAUCAGAUAAAAGACUAAUAUACAAAUAUUUAGACAAAAAUAAAUUAAUGCUUGGCACUAUACCUGCUACUUAUACUAGUACUUUA